AAAAGACAAAUAAUUAUAAAAGUUUUACACUGAACAAAAUCUAGGAUGAUGUUGAUUUAAACUUUAUGCAAUGGUAGUGGAAAUACAGGAAUCUAUGUUCAUGUUUUUUCACGAAGAAACAAACAUUAUGGUACUGACACAGAAAGCCCCCACAAGAAAAGAAGCAAUCAUAUUUGUUGUUUGAUGUUAUUAUUGGUUUUUUGUGUGUGAAGUGAAAUGAUGAGGAACACACUGGAAACAGGGCUGUAAAGUAAAGGAAGAGAAGCAGUGAGCAAAAAGCAAAACGAGAAAAAGGAAAAAGAAACGACGUCGUUAUGAUUCCCGGAACCAGUGUCGGCGGUAGAAGGGACACGCUAUCAUCGCUGGACCUUUUUCCCUUCGCUUUCCCACCAAAAAACCUUCGUUUGUUCCUUUCAAAUAACCACUCUCACUCUCACUAUCCCUCUUAAUUAAUCCAUUCGCUAAUUAAUGCUAUCGCCGUUUUCGCCCAUGCCGGAAAUCCCCGUCGAUUUCCGCGCGCCGCCGCCAUCUCCGGUGGCAUCCGGCCGGAGAUCCACCGUCACCAACGACGACGUUUUGACCGAGUUUCUAGAGGCCUCGCUCCGCGUCCCCGAUCUGGUCCUGCCGGACAAGAUCUUCCCCAAGCAGAACCACCUCGACGCGCCUCCCGAGGUCGACUUCGUGUCGCUCUGCUUCCACCGCGACGACGCUCUCCGCGACGUCGUUUCCGACUCCCUCGCCAGGAUCGGAUGCUUCCAGCUGCUAAACCACGGGAUUCCGUCGCAGCUGGUGGACUCCGCCGCCGCGGACGCCGCCAGAGUGUUCCAGGUGCCGCACGCUAAACGUGCAGCAGCGACUAGGUCGCCGGAGAAGCCGUGGGGGUUCGAGGAGUAUCACGCCGGAGAGGAGGAAGAAGAAGGUAGUGAGGAAUUCGUGUGGUGCAAUGAGGAGGAAUUGAAGUCGAAAAUGGAGGGAAUUUGGCCCAUUGGAUAUCCAAAUUUCAGUGAAAAGAUGGAAAAGCUUAUGUCACGCAUAGAGAUGGUGGGUAUGAAAAUGUUGGGUGUGAUACUGAAAAAGAAGAGUGCAGAAUUUGAGGGUGGGAAUGAGAAAGGGAAUGUUUGUUGCAUUUAUAAACAUGGUGGUGAUAAUACUAAGGAUGCAUGGGCUAAUUCCUUGAAAUACGAUGUGAUUAGAAUGCUGAUCAGGGGAACCGAUUACUCUCAUUCAUUGUGCUUCCAUCUUUGCAAUGGCUCUUCACAGUUUCAUGUUUACUCCAAGAAAAGUUGGCUCUCUUUCUUCCCUCACCCAGGUGCCCUUAUAGUAACAGCAGGAGAUCAAAUUCAGAUGUUGAGUGGAGGAGAGUACAAAAGUGUGAUUGGAAGAGCAAUCUUGAAAGCAGAGAAAGAAGAGAAGAUUUCAAUGGCUUUCCUGUGUUGUCCACAAAAGAAGAAGAAGAAGAAGAAUUUUGGAAGCAGUGAGAGUAGAAGUGUUUCACUUUCCCAGCAAGCCAUAUUGGCUUUAAUUCUGCCCCUUGUGUACAAUGUCAUCAUUUUUGUGUUCAAAAAAUUCAAUUCAUGAAAAGCAAAAUACAAAUCUACACCUUGAAUUCACCAACACUUGUACACACGCUCGUGAGUUCACAAACAUUGGACACUGUACACUUUCUUUUACCAUGUUUGUCUCUUUCUGAGUGUUCACACUUUUGCUUCAA